CGCCCCCGGGCCAAGAAGCAACAGCAGCAGCAGCAGCAGGACGAGCCAAUUACCGUCAACAGCAGCAGCAGCAGCAGUAGCAGCGAGGACAGCGAGGACGACUACAACACCAUAGAGGAGGAUAGAGAUACUGCCUUCAGCAGUAGUACGGCACCCUCUGUAAAUAGAGAGAUGCCAGCACGUAAGGGUCGUAGCACGAGGAAGGCUCGCUACGGUGACUGA